AUGGGCAAAGACGCUGGCCAAUGCAAUUUCAGAACUUUGCUCGUGUCACCAGGCCAAAGCCAGACACACAACCCCAACAAGGCGAAUCGGCAGAAGUUACCAAAGCGCACGGCAGCCUCGUCGCAGACUCGUUAUUCUUCGUGCGCCUUCUUGUUAUUAUUACAUCACAGGAAGAGUGGUGCUAAAGAGAGCGAGGGUGAAGGAGCCAGCAGGCAAGAAGCCAACAAUGGCGGCACCUGCUCAGCUCUUCGGCAGCAGCAGCGGCGAGCGAGCAGCUCGGACGCCAAGCUCGUCACCGCGGCCGCCGCCGAUGGCACCAACAGCACGGCGCAGCCGUUCACGACACACCACUUUCCACAGGAGCUGGACCACUUCACCUUCGCGCCUAACGCGUCGAUAGUCUUCCGUCAGAAGUACCUCGUCAACGACACCUUCUGGCGGAGGCCCAGCGGCGGCAACGGCGGCGCCGGGCCGCUGUUCGUGUACACCGGCAACGAGGGCGACAUCGAGUGGUUCGCCACCAACACCGGCUUCAUGUUCGACAUCGCGCCCAAGUUCGGCGCCCUCCUCGUCUUCAUCGAGGGGAAGUCAUUGCCGUUUGGGAACGACUCCUACAACUCAGCGGAGACACUGGGUUACUUGACGUCAACGCAGGCGCUCGCCGACUUUGCCAUCCUCAUCACCAGUCUUAAGCGAAACCUCUCAGCAGAGACCGCCCCUGUAGUCGUCUUCGGUGGCCCCUAUGGCGGCAUGCUAGCUUCUUGGUUUAGGCUCAAGUACCCCCAUGUCACCGUUGGGGCCCUGGCAUCCUCCGCACCAAUCCUACACUUUGACUACAUAACACCUUGGAGUAGCUUCGACGAUGUUGUCUCGCAAGACUAUAAGUCUGAGAGCUUGAACUGCUUCAGUGUGAUCAAGGCAACAUGGGAUGUGCUGAAUCAGAGGGGCUCCAAUGACAAGGGGCUCCUUGAGCUCAGUAAACUGUUCAGAGCCUGCAAGACUGUGAAGUACGCUGGUUCAAUUCAAGCGUGGCUUCAGAGAGCAUUCAUCCAAACUGCCAUGCUGGACUAUCCAACACCGGCCAAUUUCCUGGAGAAUUUGCCUGCCUACCCCGUCAAGGAGAUGUGCAAGAUCAUUGACGGGUUCCCCACAAAUGCGGACAUCCUAGAAAAGGUGUUCACAGCGGCGAGCUUGUACUAUAACUACACAGGAGACCAGACUUGCAACCAUAUAGAGGACGAAGACAACCCCCGUUCUCUUGACCUCAGUUACUGGCUGUGGCAGGCUUGCACAGAGAUGAUCAUGCCGAUGUCAUCCUCAAACGAGAGCAUGUUCCCACCAUCCACCUUCAGUUACGAGGACAGGUCCAAUACCUGUUUCCAGUUUUUCGGGGUUCGUCCCAGGCCGCAUUGGAUCACCACUGAAUAUGGUGGAUAUAAAAUUGAUAAGGUGCUCAAGAGGUUUGGCAGCAACAUCAUCUUCUCUAACGGAAUGCGAGACCCAUGGAGUCGAGGCGGGGUGCUCAAAAACAUCUCGUCCAGCAUCGUUGCCCUUGUCACGGAGAAAGGUGCUCACCAUUUGGACCUUAGAUCUGCAACCAAAGAUGAUCCAGACUGGGUUAUAGAACAAAGGAGACAAGAAGUUGAGAUCAUACAGGGAUGGAUAGACCAGUAUCAUCAAGACAUGGCGCAAUUAUCCUAA